CAAUCACCCAUCCCCUUUUUUUGUCUUCAUCCCAUUAUUUUCUUCAUUUUUUCUCUAUAUAUAUACAUUUUUAAAUUUAUCUGGUACACACCCUUCUUCCCUGAUCUAUCCCUACUUUAACUGUUUCCUCCAUAUUUUUUGUUGCUUAUCUAUACUUGUUCACUCUUUCCAAUAGAUACAGAUAUCCAACUGCCAAAAAGAUUUUGUUGGAGGAAGCAUCUAGAUAAACAAGAAAGAUGGAGGUGACCAAUGUUACAGAGUAUCAGGCAAUUGCGAAAGAAAAGUUGCCGAAGAUGGUCUAUGACUACUACGCUUCUGGUGCUGAGGACCAAUGGACUCUAGAAGAAAACCGAAACGCGUUCUCAAGAAUCUUGUUUAGGCCCCGUAUUCUUAUUGAUGUGAGCAAGAUCGACAUGACCACCACAAUUUUGGGAUUCAAGAUAUCGAUGCCUAUUAUGCUUGCCCCGACAGCCAUGCAGAAAAUGGCUCAUCCUGAAGGCGAGUAUGCAACAGCAAGAGCUGCAUCUGCAGCUGGAACCAUCAUGACAUUGUCUUCAUGGGCAACAUCUAGUGUUGAGGAAGUUGCGUCAACGGGACCUGGAAUCCGUUUCUUCCAGCUUUACGUGUACAAGGACAGGAAUGUUGUUGCUCAGCUCGUAAGGAGAGCCGAAAGAGCCGGUUUCAAGGCCAUUGCCCUUACAGUUGACACACCAAGGCUUGGUCGUAGAGAAGCCGACAUUAAAAACCGAUUUACUUUACCGCCAUUUUUGACAUUGAAGAACUUCGAGGGCUUGGACCUCGGGAAAAUGGAUGAAGCUAAUGACUCUGGCUUGGCUUCUUAUGUUGCGGGUCAAAUUGACCGCACCUUGAGCUGGAAGGACGUAAAGUGGCUCCAGACCAUCACCAGUAUGCCCAUUCUGGUUAAGGGGGUGAUCACUGCUGAAGACACAAGGUUAGCGAUCCAAGCUGGUGCAGCGGGUAUCAUUGUAUCGAACCAUGGAGCUCGCCAGCUCGACUAUGUUCCCGCUACCAUUAUGGCUUUGGAAGAGGUUGUGAAAGCGGCCCAAGGUCGCGUCCCCGUGUUCUUGGACGGUGGGGUCCGCCGUGGGACGGAUGUGUUUAAGGCACUGGCUCUUGGAGCUUCAGGCAUAUUUAUUGGGCGACCAGUGGUGUUUUCUUUAGCUGCUGAAGGAGAAGCGGGAGUGAGAAAGGUGCUUCAAAUGUUACGAGAUGAAUUCGAGCUAACAAUGGCGUUAAGUGGUUGCACGUCGCUGAAAGAGAUCACCCGCAACCAUAUUGUGACCGAGUGGGAUGCACCUCGAUCCCGCCCGGCACCAAGGUUAUAGAUGAACCAGAAACAGUUAUAUUUCUAGUGGCAAAGCCCACAUGUUAUAGUUGUAACUGGUGCUAUUUCGAAUUUAUUUGUUGCCUGUAUUUUGAACUUCUUGUUUUGAAAUAAUAAGUGGUCUGUUAUUGUA